AUUCUGUAUUAUUCGAUCAUUCUGUAGUUGUAACUUGUAGCCUGUAGGCAGUUUUAAAUUCUGUAUUGCUCUAAUUAAACAUUCAAUCAUUAUUCAUUUUACAUUCUACUAUUUUAGCGGUUUUUUUUCUUGACAAUUAUAUGGGUUCAGUAAUUCCUAACUGCACACUCAUCUGAUUUUAAGCCGUUCUUGUUUUAAAAAUUUUGAAUUUUCGAAAAUUGUAUAUUUCUUAGUAUCAAGUUCUUAAAUUUUUUCUUUUAAAAAUGUCAACCUCUGAUGAUGACUCGGAUGUAUUACAACUCUCAGCCGAAGCACAGAGAGCUUUAAAAGAAUUUUACGAAGAACAAAACGAAAAAUUGUUAUCUCAAUGUGAUGAUAAAGAUGCAACUGAUGUAAAAUUUGAUGAAGAUUGGCAAUUAAGCCAAUUUUGGUAUGAUGAAAAAACAUGUGAACGAAUUGUUGAAUGUGCUUUUAAAAAGGUUGGAUCAAACGGUAGUAUAGCUUUGAUAUCAUGCCCUACGUUAUAUAAAACUUUAAAAAAAAAGUCACCCACAAUGUUAAUAAAACUAUUUGAGUUUGACAAAAGGUUUAGUGUUUAUGGUUCAGAUUAUGUUUUCUAUGAUUAUAAUGAACCAAUGAAAUUUGAUGAAGAACUAUUGAACAGUUUUGAUUUAGUUGUUGUUGAUCCACCAUUUCUUUCGGAAGAAUGUUUAACAAAAUCAUUGCAAACUACAAAAUCUCUAACAAAACAACAUGUUAUAUUGUGUACAGGGGAAAUCAUGGAAGAAUUAGCAACAAAGUUAUUAAAUGUUCAUAAAUGUUCAUUUGAACCAAAGCAUAAUAAUAAUCUUGCUAAUCAAUUUGCUUGUUUUACAAAUUUCUCAUCUGAACUUGAUUAGUAACAGCAAGUAGUUACUGGUUUCCUCAAUUUCCACUGUAAAAUUGUUAAAACUGAUGUGUUUUAAUUUUUUUUAUAAUUAUAACAGUUAUCACUGUCUA